AUGGUCAAGAGGUCAUUGGCGUCGGUGGCUCGGCCACUGGCCAACCUGCGAGUCCCUACGCUUUCAGCCCGCCAAUUCAGCUCAUCUCCCGCCCAUGGAUUGAGCGCCAUCUUCUCCAAGACUGAAAACACCGAGCUCAACGAGGCCCUCGGCACGAUUCAGGAAAAGAUCAUCCUCCCCGCCUACCUCCCUAGGAAGCAGCGCGAGCUCGUCUUCAACCCCAAGAUGCGAUCCUUCAUCCAGCAGAACCCCGUCGUCAUCGAGCUCGACGGCCUCGAGCACAAGUUCACCACCAUCGACCGCUUCACCGAGAUCCCCAACUCGAAGAAGGCCCUCUCAGACGUCCUGAAGCUCAUGGAGACCAAGGAGGACUGGGACAACCUCGGCACCCUGCUCGCCGGCUACAAGAAGGCCGGCAUCCGCCUGCAUAAUUACCACUACGACAAGAUCAUCCGCAAGGCGGGACAGAGCAAGCAGACCUAUGCCAUCAUUGAGUGCGCCAAGCAGUCCAGCAAGACCAAUCUCCGCUUGACGAGGAAGAACCACCUUGUUCUUCUUCUGACCCAGAUCAACAACAAGAUCACUUCGCCAAGCGGGGAGGCGAACGAGUCUGCGCAGGCUCUGAAGUGGAUUGAGCUGGUUCUGGACCUUAUUCAGCGACCAGAGCACCAGGGCCAGGGCGCCAAACCCACGGAACGGGUACACCAAUCCCCUGUUGUCCAAGGACUGGUCCUCUUCGCCCGAGCCUCGUCGAUCAAGGCGCAGCAGGCGGCCGAGAGCUCAGCAGAGGUUGAUGUGCAGGCUCUCAAGGACAACGUCGAGUCUAUCACCAGCUCCUGGACUCGCCUCGGUACUGACGAUUUGGUCAACUCCCCCGUCCUCGCCGACCUGAACCCCCGCUCUCCCCUUACCAAGGAGAACCCCAACACGAACAACCACCUUGCCGUCAACUUCUAUAUCCUCACGCUGGCUCAGAACAUCAAGGGCAUGGAGCUGGCCCAGGAGAUCCUCGGCGACGCUGCCAAGGACCUGACGCCCAUCCGGGACGCACUGGAGCAGCACCUCAAGGACUUUAUCAAGGCCGACCCACGCUAUAUUGAAAGCUGGGCUGAGACAUACAAGUUGACGACGGGCCGGGAGCCUCAGUGGUCGGUAUAG